GGAGCCGGAGAUUUUUUUCCUGUCGCGUGUCCUGGGUCUUUGGUUUGCGAAGUGCCGUUGGGCCCUACAGGUGCUGAAGGGCUGGGGUCGUGGAGCCCCAUAAGGUGUCAGCAGCACGGAGGUGCAGGGUGUUGUCGAGGGUGCGGGGCCGGGCGCUGCCAGCGGCGCGCUCCGCCCCGGGGCCCCCGCCCCUGCUCUGGGCCAGGCCCCGGCUCCAGCUCCCGUCCCGGCCCCGGGCUCGCAGUUUACCCUGCUGGUGAUGCACCCCUGCGGAGGGCAGGACGACUCUGCGGCCGAGGGCGUCCUGAGGCAGGCUCCGGCCCUGGGGGACGGCGCCGGUGCAGGCAAGCCCAUUAGGUACCUGUGCGAAGUGGCGGGGGCUGGCGAGGAGGAGGCAGGAGAGGACGAAGCCGACCUGCUGGACACUUCCGACGCCCCGGGGGGAGGCGAGAGCACCGCUAGUUUGGAGGAUCUGGAGGACGAGGAGACCCACUCUGGGGGCGAGGGUGGCAGCGGGGGAGCCCGGAGACGGGGCAGCGGCGGGGGCAGCAUGAGCAAGACCUGCACGUUCGAGGGCUGCAGCGAGACCACGAGCCAGGUGGCCAAGCAGCGGAAGCCUUGGAUGUGCAAGAAACACCGCAACAAGAUGUACAAGGACAAGUACAAAAAGAAGAAAAGUGACCAGGCCCUGAACUGCAGUGGGUCCGCCCAGCCUGGCAGCGCGGGAAACGUCAGACUGGAGGAAAGUACAGAUAAUAUACUCUCCAUUGUUAAACAAAGAACAGGAACCUUUGGGGAUCGUCCUGCAAGACCUACUCUUUUAGAACAAGUGUUAAAUCAAAAAAGACUGUCAUUACUAAGAAGUCCAGAAGUGGUGCAAUUUUUACAGAAACAGCAACAACUAUUAAAUCAGCAAGUUUUGGAGCAAAGACAGCAGCAGUUUCCAGGAACAUCAGUGUGAAGGAAUUUAUCAAGAAGAUCCACAUGUUUUUUAUUUUGUUAUAGAAGAUGGACAUAUUUUUAUACUAAAGAUAAAUGGGGUUAGAUAUGCCAGUAAAACAUAAACAGUCAUUUUCCUGUAAAUGUAUUUGUGCAUUUGGGGAUAAAUAAGUAUUGCACUUUGUGCAUCUAAUCCUUUCAGAUUACCAUGAAUUUGAAGAAACAGCUUACCUUUCCAAAAUAACAUUUAAUUACAGUUGUUUUUUUAAACAAAGUAUUCCUCUUCAGUCAUCGUUACUGAAGGUAAUGAAGCAGUUACUUUCUGUGGAAGUCACAAAGUUAAUAGAUAUUAAUUUUUGAUCAUUUAGUUCAGUGGUUCUUAUCAAGGGGCAGUCAGAAAUGGAUGAACAUGUUUUGGGUUGUCACAGUGAUCUUGAAAACUCCUGGUUUUUAGUGAGUGGGUCAGGAAUCCUAAAUGUUCUACAGUGUCUGGAAUGGCCUUUCACAACUAAUAAUUAUCUCACCCACAGUGUCAAUAAUCCUCCUCUUAAGAAACACUGAUAGUUGUGAUGGUAAAAUGUAGUUGGGGCACCUAAAAUUGGGUUCUUGAAAUAACUUUUUCUUUACAGUUAAGACUGGAGCUGUCAAAGAGGUAAGCGAAUUUUAAAUGUAUAAGGAAAAUGAUCAUUGUUAAUUAUCUGUGAAAUUAGGAUGUGCAUUUCUUUUCAGAGAUGUGCUGGUAAAACCUAGGAGAGGGGUUAACUAAGUACACUGGAAUGAAAGCAUCUCCUAAAAUUGGCCUCUCAUUUCAUGUUACCUAUUAGUGUUCUCUCUUUUAAAGCAGACUUGUGUGUUGAAUUUGUGAGCAGUAUAGAUGUAUCUCAUUCCACCAAUGUCAGGACAAAAACAAUUUUUUAAUACGAA